AUGGCUUCAUCAACCACUGAUAGUUUAUGGUUUGUUGCCGGUAGUACAGCUGAAGGACAAGCCUAUGCUGUACAUUGUGGACAGAAAAGUGUUCAAGAUAUUGAUAUCAUGAUGGUCGAAGGUACAAUUAGUUCUCCAACAGCUCUUAUUCCAACAAAUAUUUCUGGUUUUAAACAAAUCCGAUUUGACCAAGUAAAAAUAUUAGGUGGUCAAUCGUGUCUGACGUCAACACUAAAUUCCAAUGGAGUAUUAUGUCUUAAUGGUUUAAAAAUGAAAGAACAUGUGUUGUCUCGUUGUAGAAAUGAGACAACACCUGUUGCAGAAGUACCAGGGACGGAUAGAACAGAAUACCAAACAGAUUCUGCAGCAGCUUCUGUUGCUGCAACACAGAAAUAUGACCCAUUAGCAUCGGAAAACCAUUUUACACACGUUUUUUCUGAUCUUUUACAUCCUCAGCAACCAUCAUUGCCACCUAAUUUAUUAAAAGAACGAUUUCGUAAAAUUUCUGACGGUGUUAUGGACGCUAUGCGUCGUUAUGUGUUACCAUUAGUAACAAAUGAACAAACACAAAAAACAGUAACAGAAUGGUGUAUGAAUGAACAACGUUUUCGUGAUUUAUUGAAUAUGAUUGGUCCUGUUUACGGCUAUCAUUUACCUCAAAAAUUGAAACAGCAAUUACAAUUAAUACUGGAUUUUUAUGAUAAACAUAAGCAUUUGUCAAAUUCAUUUCACUGUAAACAGAUAACUGACUAUUUUAAAUCUUGUAUGCCAAAGGAAAUAGACUGGGUUCCGGCUAUACAAAUCAAAGGUUUUUGGCCGGAUGAUGUUAAAUGGUUUCUCAAACGUUUUAAAAAAAAUCGUCCACAUUUGUAUGACGAAAUAAUACCGACUACAUCGAUGCAUCUUAUAGCUAAAUGGCCAAGAAAAACGUCGAACACCGAUGAAGAACUGGGAUUUCGUUAUUCGUUUUCAGCUCUUGAACGUGCAAUCGCACAAAAGCGUACUGAAAAUGAGCAAAUUCUAAAUGGUAUCGCCCGAUCCAUUUACUAUCGUUACCUGAAAACGACUCGUAAUCUGAUACCGUCGUAUUUCGUUAAGACAACGGUAUUAUGGAUGUGUGAAAUAAUGUCUGAUUUAAUCAAAAAGAUUGUUGGGGAUAGUUCUGAAUCUGUAGCACGACAAAUUGGCUUUGAAUGGAUCAAAUUUGCUACAAAACAAUUGCAACAGGGUAUUUGUCCGCAUUAUUUUAUUGAAAAUGUAAAUCUGCUUGAACCCUAUAAACAAGAAUUAUUGAAUGAAGCAUCUAAUACUCUUUACGAGAAAGUCAAUUUAGAUCAAAUGAUUCAAAUAGAAUUCAUGGAAAUACGCAAGCAAAUGAUUGAAGGUAUGUACAAAAACGAUGAACAAUUUAUACGACAAUUAAAAGUCGUUGAUUUAAUACAAGCGGUGAAUGAUUAUCAUGAAAUGAAACAUUUGUGGUCUUUACCUGUUGAUUAUAAUAACAACGAUAAUGCUGUAGCAUCAUGUUUGUCAAUAUUAAAUCUAAUGGGUUCGGUUGACAAUAAUCAACCAAAUUGGAUCAGUUUUCGCGAAUUAAUACUUAAAAAUGACGAAGAGGAUGAACAACAACAGGAACCACCGAUAUGGGGCGAAGAUGUGACAUUAUGGGGUCCAUCAGAGUUUACUGAAAAUUUACGUGCUGUUGCCUUACUACUAAAAUUAAUAAAUGAAAUUUUAAUUAAUGAAAGCUUUACUGAUUAUCGUUGUGUCGAAUAUAAUCCACAUGAUAUUCAAAGUCUUCAAAGUAUUUCACGAGAGGCUAUGAACCCAGCUAAUAUGAUGCCUUAUCUUAUAUCAGUAUAUGGUUCAUUAUUUACCGGUUCUUCUUUUGGUAUGAAUCAAAAUCGAAUGAAGCAAGUUUUAUCAUCGUUUCUUCGACGAACAUUAAUUCAAGAUCAAGGAGUUGGACCACGAUUGAAUUUACAAACGGAAAAUGGUGAGUAUAGUAUUAUUAUAAUUCGAACUUUUAUGAAACUCUGA